GCACACAGUACCUGCACUCCUUAUAAGAAACAGACGUUGUUAUAAAGCUGAAACUUUACACAAACAAAUCACACAACAAAUAUUUUCAAGCUCAGAAACUCAAAAUGAAUUAUUUAACCGCAGUACUGAUACUUUUGGCAGUCGUCGGAUUUUCCAGACAGGACAUUAAUUACUGCAGCCCGCAGCUGUGCCCGAACGGCAUCACCCACGUUGCCUGCAAUGGUUCAUCCCUGUUGGCAUCCUCCUGUGGCGCCGGGUCGGAGGAAAUUAUAAUGGAUGAGGCGAAGAUAAAGUUAAUCGUUCGCUUGCACAAUGAACUUCGUAGCAAAGUCGCCACCGGAAAGCAAAUCUAUGCUCCGGGCAAAACCUAUCCGCAGGCCUCCCGAAUGGCCACCCUGCAAUGGUCUCCAGAGCUGGCUACGGUUGCUGCUUCCAACGCCAGACGAUGUGUUUACGGUCAUGACCAAUGUCACAACACUGAGGAAUUUAAAUACGCUGGACAAAAUAUAGCCCAACUGUCGUUCCAAGGAAUGACCAUGUCCGAUUCAGAUCUAAUCGAUGGAUUUAUUUACGCUUGGUUCUCGGAAUACAUUCAUGCAAAUCCUAACAUUAUAGCGCGUUUUCCGAAGCACUAUUCAGGUCCCAUGAUUGGCCACUUCACACAAAUGAUUUCCGAUCGUGCUACACGGAUCGGAUGUGCGGUGGUUAGUUACAAUUCAGGUGCUUGGAUCAGGAAGUAUUUUGUUUGCAACUAUUCUCUGGCCAAUAUAAUCGAUCAGGGGGUUUAUGAAAAGGGUAUGGCGUGCUCGCGGUGUCGCACAGGAUGCAACCCGAAAUAUCCCGGAUUGUGCAACGUACAUGAACCGAUUUCGUCGCAUCCAUGAAAAAAAUCGUAAUGAAUUUAUCUUCUUUGGCAAAAAGGUAGAAGAUACUUUUUUUUUUCUUCAUCUAUAAUUUAUUUGACACGGCACAAAUACAAUUUAAUGUUUAACGGCGCCAGUUAUAUCUGGUAGCUUACUUUCUAAAGUAUCUUAAUAACUAAAAGCAAAUUUUUUAUCCUCGCUGCCGACU